AGCCAAGUUAGUAGCCGAAGUGAAACCGUGUCGGCAAGACGCGUAUCACACGCACUCUCGUCGUUAUUUCCUUUAAAAAAUCAAAUUCAUUUAUUUUCGCUAGAAGAUAACCACACUCACGGACGCUACUUUGAUAGUAGUUAAAAUUCUGGAAUUAUCAAUCCGACAAAAGAAAAUUUGAAUUUUUCUGAAGAAAAAAAAAAGAAAAUAGUUUCAAAAAGAGCGGGGGCGACGCUCAAAUCCGCCAUCCAUCUCUCUCACUCCCGCAGCUACGCGGAGUGAGGAGUCAAAAACCUCCAAAUUUUUUGGAUUAGUGCAACAAAGUUUUGGAUUUUUCAGAAAACAAAAAAGUCAAUUUCUUCCCCGGUAGAGAAAAAAAAAGAAAACCAAACAACAUGAAAGAAGGUUACAAUAAAGCCAUGCUGCGAUACAUUUUCACGCUGUUCCUCAUUACACAGAUUUCUGCCGAUUAUGGUCGGAAGAAUCCCAGCAGUGGACCCGGUCCCGGUGGAGGGAGGGCCGCACCCCUGACUGGUCCGGUCUCGCCUUUGCUUCCAGUGCGGACGCCAUUACCGGUGGCGACUCCUGCCGCUUCUGGUAAACAGACGACAGCCUCAUCGGUCGGCCGACAACCCCCGUCGAAACCUUCGAAUUUGACUCGACCGAUUUCGGCCAAUCGAGGACGGGCUGCGGGACCGGCCGCCGUGGUUUCACGGCCGCGUUCAUCCGAAGUCUUCUUCUUGCAUCUGGACGACGGCUAUUUCGGCUGUCAAGUCAACGAGUCCACCGACGUCCUUCAGCUUUACGACAUCUCAAAGUUGUGCGACGGCAUCUCCGACUGUUUCCUCGGCUCGGACGAGAACCGUGGCAAACUCAAAUGCACCGGUGAUUGCGUCUUGACCGAAGGUGCCCGAUGCCAAAAUGGCGCCUGUCUGGAUCACGAGUGCCAUUGUAACGACGGCUACGGAGGCUGCGGCUGCUCUACCCCAGACGAAAAUGAGUGCAAGUAUCGACCUUGUGACGUGUUCGCUCAGUGUACCAAUACCUUGGGCAGCUUCACCUGUACCUGUUACCCAGGCUACGAAGGCGAUGGUUUCACCUGCACGGAUAUCGACGAGUGCAAGAAUCCGGAACUGGCGGCCAAAUGCGUUGAAAACGCCGAGUGCUGCAACCUGCCGGCCCAUUACUCCUGCAAAUGUAAACCCGGUUUCCAGGGCGAUGGAGAGAAACAAUGUCUGGACAUUGACGAGUGCCAAAAUCCCGGGUCCUGCGGCCUUAACGCCCUCUGCGAGAACACGCCGGGCAAUUAUACCUGCGCUUGCCCCGACGGCUACGGAGGCAACCCUUACGACGGCUGCGCCGAUAUCGACGAGUGCGAGCUCGGCAACGCUUGCGGCACCGGAAGCCUCUGCACCAACACGGACGGCGGUUACAAAUGCGCCUGCCCGCCCGGUUACAGCGGCGACCCCAAAGUGGCUUGCGUCGACGUCGACGAGUGCGCACCGCCGCCGCCCGGCGUCAAAGCCACUCCCGUUUGCGGACGGAGCGCCAUCUGUGACAAUCUGCCCGGAACUUUCAAAUGCCAGUGCCCGCCAGGAUUCAAGGGCGACCCUAAAAUUGCCUGUCAAGACAUCAACGAGUGCCUGAGUAAGCCUUGUGGCGCCAAUGCGACUUGCACCGACACCGUCGGCAGUUUCAGCUGUUCGUGCGUCGAGGACUUUACCGGAGACCCCUACCGAGGAUGCGUGGACAUUGACGAGUGCGCUGUGCUUGCUAGCCCUUGCGGUAAGCAGGCUAUCUGCGAGAACGCCGUGCCCGGCUACAAUUGUCGCUGCCCUCAAGGAUACGCCGGUCAGCCUACGCCGGACGUCGCAUGCGAACAGGUGGAUGUUGCCACCGUCUGCAAAGGGAAUUUCGAUUGUGUCAACAACGCGGAAUGCCUGGACGGCCAGUGUUUCUGCCGCAACGGUUUCCAGCCUUUGGGCGCCACUUGCGUCGACAUUGACGAAUGCGCCAAGAACCCUUGCGGACCCAAUUCCGUCUGCACCAAUCUACCUGGCAGCCAUCGUUGCGAAUGCGAGGCCGGUUUCGUCGGUAAACCCCCGACCACCCCGUGCAAAGCUCCUUGCGAAGAUGUGAAAUGCGGCACUCACGCCACUUGCAAGACCCAAGGCGAAGAAGCGUUUUGCGUUUGCGACGAUGGAUGGACCUACGAUCCGGCCAACAUCGCCGCCGGAUGCCAGGAUAUCGACGAAUGCGACCUCGCCCAAGGCCUCCUGAGUCGGUGCGGAGAAGGAGCCAUUUGCAGCAACACAGCCGGCAGCUUCAGUUGCCAGUGCCCGCCAGGCUUUUCCGGCGACCCGUCCACCAGAUGCCUCGAUAUCGAUGAAUGUCAACGUCCUGGUGUUUGUGGCACGGGCGCCAUUUGCGUCAAUGUCCCGGGUUCGCAUGAAUGUCGCUGCCCGGAAGGAACUGCUCCGGAACCGGACGCCAAAACCAAGUGCGUGUCUCUGAUGCGCUGCGCCAUCGACGACGAUUGUCCAGGCAAUUCCGUCUGCGAUCCUACCAAGGAAUGUUUAUGCCCCGAACCCAACAUCGGCAAAGAUUGCAGACAUCCAUGCGAAGGCGUCCGCUGUUCGGCCAAUCAGGAAUGUAUGUUGAUUAACGACGUGGCCAAGUGCAUGUGCUCUUCCGGAUUCACUGGCGGAGUCAACGGCGGUUGUGUCGACAUCGACGAAUGUUCCACCGGCCAGAAACCUUGCGCCCAGGGAGCCGUUUGCCGCAACGAACCCGGCCGCUUCGUCUGCGAAUGCCCCAACGGAUUCGAAGGCGAACCCUACAAGACUGGAUGCAUUGAGAAAGCCACAGCCCCGCCCGGAUGCAGCAUCCUCCCGUGCCCCAGCGGCGAAGUUUGCGUACCGUCAGACAAUGGCGGCGUUUGCGUGUGUUCCAGAGGCUGGGUUCGUGACAAGACCACGGACCUCUGCCGGGACAUCAACGAGUGUCUGGAAUCACCUGCCGACAAGCCUGCCUGUGGCUUCCGGGCCGUUUGUAAGAAUUUGCCAGGAAGUUACGACUGCUCCUGUCCAAAAGGCUACGAAGGCAAUCCGUUCCAGAGCUGCGACCUCUGCGAUAGCAUCGAAUGCCGCUGCCAACCUCCUUAUCGCGUCGUCGCAGGAGCCUGUCUCCUGGCCGACUGCGCUGGCGGCAAACAAACGUGUCCAGCCGGAGCUGAAUGCAUCACGGUGACGGGCGGAGUCAGCUAUUGCGCCUGCCCGACCGGCUAUCGAGCCCGACCCGAUGGAUCCUGCGAGGAUGUCAACGAAUGCCAGGAAGGAAUCAACGGUCAAUCGGCUUGCGGAUUCGGAGCCGAAUGCUUCAACCGUCCGGGCCGUUUCGACUGCCAGUGCCCGGCCAAUUUCACCGGCGAUCCUUACAAAGGCGUUUGCGCUCCUAGCCAGGUGCGAUGCGUCUCGGACACGGAGUGCGGAACCAACGAGCGCUGCGUCCAGCCUGGCGAGUGCAUUUGCCCGCCUCCUUACUACACCGACACGGAAGACAACAACAAGUGCAAGAGCCCCUGCGAGCGCCACGCUUGCGGAGUCAACAGCAAAUGCACUCCGUCGGAUCCGCCCAAGUGCAUGUGCGAGCCGGGUCACACCGGCAAUCCGACGGUCGGCUGCAGCGACAUUGACGAGUGCCGAGAUAAUCCCUGCGGCCCAGGAGCCAUGUGCAUCAACGAGAACGGCGGCUUCAAGUGUCGCUGUCCCAGUGGACAAUCCGGCGACGCCUAUCAGGAUGGAUGUCAAGGGGAAGCUCGAUCCGAAUGCCAAGCCGACGAUGACUGUGACGGGCAAUUGGCCUGCAUCCAGGGCGGUUGCGUUAACCCGUGCCAAGCUCUGCCUUGCGGAGCCAACGCCUAUUGCGAGCCGGAAGAGCACGCCGCUUGGUGCCGUUGUCUGCCCGGAUUCAAGGAAGACGCCAAAACAGGAGCCUGCAUCUCACUCUGCCACGACAUCCUUUGCGGAGAAAACGCCCAGUGCGUCGUCUCGUCGACCGGCCCCACUGGAACGUCGACCACUUGCGCCUGUCUAGACGGUUACAACGGAAAUCCUUUCCCGGGCGGCUCCUGCUCCCCGGACGUUUGCUCCGCCUCGCUGCCGUGUCAGGAGCCCCAACUCUGCGUCUCUGGACGCUGUAAGGAGCGCUGCGAAGGCGUCACUUGCGGCGUAGGAGCCCGCUGCGACAAAGCCACCAACCAGUGCGUCUGCCUGCCUUACUUUAUCGGCAAAGCCGAUCUCCUGUGCGUGCCACCCGUCAUUCCGCCCGUCUGCCAGCCACCCUGCGGCCAAAACUCACACUGCGAAUACGGCCAGCCCAACCGCUGCGUCUGCAAUGCCGGAACGUCGGGCAAUCCGUACGAGUCGUGCGGUGCCCAGGAUAAGACCUGUGACGCCACCAAAUGCGGAAUCAACGCCGAAUGUCGCCAAGGAGUCAACCGCGUCGACUGCGUCUGCCCAGUUGGCUAUCAGGGCAAUCCCUACGUCUCCUGCGAAGAUGUCAACGAAUGUAUCGGUAACGCCUGCGGAGCCAAUGCCGUUUGCUUGAACACACCCGGAAGCUUCGACUGUCAAUGUCAGGAAGGAUUCUCUGGAAAUCCUUUCAUGAUGUGUAUGCCCAUCGACCAGCCACCACCCGUCCAACCGAAUGUCGUCGAUCCGUGCACAUCCGUCACUUGCGGACCCAAUGCGGCCUGCCGGAACGGCCAGUGUCUCUGUCUCCCCGGCUACUCUUCCAGCGCUGGCGGAUUAUGCUCCGUUCCGUCUUGCCGCAACGAUCUGGACUGCGCCAGUCGCGAGGUUUGCCUUCACGUCGAUCAUUCCGUCAAGAACGGCGGAGUCCGUCGUUGCGUGGACGCCUGCUCACGUGAGCAGUGCGGACCCAACGCCGUUUGCGUGGCCGACACUCACCGGGCCUCUUGCAUCUGUCGCGACGGAUUCAAGGGCAAUGCCAACGUCGGAUGCCAGCAAGAACCGGCCGAAGACAAGUGCGCAAGAGAUGACCAAUGUCCGGGCGAUGCCAUUUGCGGUAAAGAUGUUGACGGUCUACGUGUCUGCGUCGAUCCUUGCAAGUCCUUCACCUGCGCCCAGAGCGAAUCGUGCGUCAUCAAGGCCGGCAAAGCCCAUUGCGAAUGUCUGUCCAACUUUGUCCGCAAUCCGUCCACCGGAACGUGCGAAAAACCAGGACUUCCGGAUUGCGUUACCAACACGGACUGUAAAUCCGAUUCCGUCUGUCGUCAGGACAUUUUGGGAGUGAGGAAAUGUACGGCUGUCUGUGUCGGUUACACUUGCUCCGCCAACUCGGAUUGCCGAGCCGCCAAUCACAUCGGCCAAUGCGUUUGCCGGGCCGGAUUCACUGGUAACCCCAACGACCGCAACGGUUGCCGCCCCGUGCCCAAAGAUCAAUGCCAGACGGACACCCAGUGUAGCGAAGUUGAAGUUUGCCAACCGGACAGCAACGGAGUCCGCCGAUGCGUCGCCAUCUGCCCGACGGUUCGAUGUGGAUCGGGAGCCGUUUGCGUGGCCAAUAAUCACGCCGCCAAAUGCGCUUGCCCGACCACUGGCCUUUACGCUGGCAAUCCUUCCGGACCGGAAGGUUGUCGCAAAGUCGAAUGCCUGGCCAAUAGCGACUGCCCUGGAACCAAAUCCUGCGACCGCACCACCUACACCUGCAAGCCCGUCUGCGUUCAAAACAGUUGCGGCAAAAACGCCAUUUGUCUGGCCGAGAACCACAUGGCCAUGUGUUCCUGCCCGGUUGGAUUGGAGCCCAACCCCCAUCCAGAAAUCGAGUGCGUUCCAGCUGACCUUUGCACCUCUCAACCCUGUCACGCCUCAGCAAUUUGUUCCAUGUCGGCCGGAAGAGUGGUUUGCUCCUGCCCGUUAGAUAAGGUCGGAGAUGCCUACAGGACCGGAUGUCGAGCCAACGGAACUUGCCCCAAUGGCAACAACGACUGCCCGUCGGAAGCUUCUUGCCUGGACGGCCGUUGUGUCGAUCCAUGCGACUCCUUCUGCGGGCCGAACGCUGCCUGUCGAGUGAUCAAUCACAAGCCUUCGUGCUCUUGCCCGCCACGUUUCAACCCGAAUCCCACAGCCGAGCGCGGAUGCGUCCGCCAGCCUCAGAGUUGCCGCUCAGAUGGCGACUGCCCGUCGGGAAGUCCUUGCAUGGGCGGCCAGUGCAAAGCAGUGUGCCGAAACGCCCAAGAUUGUGCCCAGGGUGAGCGCUGUGUGUCCAGCAUGUGCCAACUGCCUUGUCUGAGUCAAGAGCAGUGUCCCAACGGCCAGGCUUGCGUCGGAAGCUACUGUAAGGCCGGCUGCCGUGCCGAUUCCGACUGUCCCAUCAACCAAGCCUGUUUGAACCAUCGCUGCGAAAAUCCUUGCCAGCGUGAAGGAGUCUGCGGCACCAACGCCCUCUGUCGUGUCAUCGAUCGAUCCGCCCAGUGCGCCUGUCCCGAUGGAUUUAUGGGAGGACCAACUGCCCAACAAGGAUGCAUGCGGAACCCUCUCUACUGUCAAUCGGGAACGGCCUGCCCAGCCGGCCACACUUGUCAAUCCGGUCGCUGCUACCCGACUUGUCGCGAUGGAGUGCCCAACGCCUGCGUCGGAGGAGAGCGCUGCCUGUCCGGCCAGUGUGUCAAGAUCUGCUACAGCGACAACAACUGUAUGCCCGGCGAAGUCUGUAUCGACGGUGGCUGCCGGCCAGGAUGUCGAUCAGACACCGACUGCUCCAACAGCCAAGUGUGCCGAAACAGCCAAUGUCGCUGCGCUCCUGGAUUCACCGCCGGACCCACUGGAAACUGUGUCGACGUUGACGAGUGCCAGACCCGACCGUGCCACGCCACCGCCCAAUGUACCAACACGGCCGGAUCCUUCCGCUGUUCCUGCAAACCUGGAACAGUCGGUGACGGCUACACGGAGGCUUGCGUGGCUGCCAACGAGUGUGAAACCAGUUCCGGAUGCGCUGAUCAAUUGGCUUGUCUGGUCCGUCAAGGCGGCACCAAAGCUUGCGCCGAUCCUUGCGCCGCCAACACUUGCGGCCCGAACGCCCUCUGCACCGUUGUCGAUCACCAACCGUCUUGCAGUUGUCCGCCUUCCACCCGAGGCAACCCCAACGACUCUAAAGUGGGCUGCUUCCGGGUCGACUGUAUCGAAAACGAAGAUUGUCCCCAGGAUCGCACCUGCGACAAGCAAUCCUUCAAAUGCAUCAAUCCUUGCGAUUCGAUGGAAUGCUACAACGGACUGUGCCAAGUGAAGAACCGCAAAACCGUUUGCCAAUGCGCUCCAGGAUUCCGACCCACCCAGGAUAACAAAUGCGUCGACGUUGACGAAUGCAGCACCAAUCCAUGCCAUCCAUCUGCCGUCUGUCGUAACACUCCUGGCAACUUCCAGUGCGUCUGUCCAGAUGGUUUAGUUGGAGAGCCCUACAAGGCCGGUUGCAAGAGACCGGGUCAAUGUGUCGCCGAUUCCGACUGCCCAUUGACGGCCUCUUGCGUUUCUGGUACCUGUAAAGACCCGUGCGGAUUAGCUGGCGCUUGCGGUAAAGGUUCUGACUGUGUCACCGAAAACCACUUGCCCGUCUGUCGCUGCCCGUUCCAAACCACAGGCAACCCGAAAAUCGAAUGCUACACGCUCCAGUGUGUCGACGGAUCAGAUUGUUCCCAGAAGGAAGCCUGCGUCAACAACAAGUGCGUUGAUGCUUGCGCUGCUUCAAACGCUUGCGGAUCCAACAGCGACUGUACCGCCGUAAAUCACCGAGCUGUGUGCGAAUGUAAAAUCGGUUUCACCGGAAGCCCUUACCAAGGCUGCGUGGCUCUGGUCCUUUGCGCUUCCGAAUCCCAGUGCCCGACGUCUCAAACUUGUACCGGUGGCGUUUGCGUUUCCCGGUGCCAGAGCAGCCGCGACUGUCUACCAUCGCAGCACUGCAUCGAAGGCAAAUGCCGUCCAGCUUGUACUGAAAAUUCCCAAUGCGCCAGCGGCCAGAUUUGCUACAACAGCGUCUGCGUCCAGGAGGUCCGUUGCCGCAGCGACCAGGAAUGCGGGGACGGUGAAAAUUGCUUGAAAUCCACCAACGGCAAAGCUGAAUGUCGAAACCCAUGCGAUGGCACGAUCCUCUGCGGCCGCAACGCCGCCUGUCAAGUGGUCAACCGCCAGGCCGUCUGCAGUUGCAAGGAAGGCUUUUUCGGCAAUCCGCAGGACGAUAAGAUCGGCUGUCUCAAGAUUGAAUGUACCAACAACGAGGAAUGUUCGGCCGACAAACGCUGUCACGACAAUCGCUGCAAAAUCGCCUGCAUGGUCGAGAAUCUCUGCGGUAAGAACACGCUCUGCUUCUCGGAGAAACACCAGUCCGUCUGCAAAUGCCAGCCAGGCUACACGGGCAACGUCCAGACCGGUUGCACACCCAUCGACUAUUGUUCCCAGACGCCCUGCGCGGCCGGAGCCCGUUGCGAGAACACCCGCGGCUCUUACAAGUGUCUUUGCCCAGCCGGAACCGUCGGUGAAGCGUACAAGGAAGGAUGCCAGCAGCCGGUUGAAUGCCGACAGAACACGGAUUGUCCGCCCUCUGCCGUUUGCGGCCGAGAAAAGGGCCAGCCGAAAUGUCAGGACGUCUGUGCCGGAUACUCUUGCGGACCCAACGCCGACUGUCUGCCAGCCAAUCACAAAGCCGCUUGCGUUUGCCGCCAAGGAUUUGAAGGCAACGCUGCCGACCGAAAUGUCGGCUGCGUCCGUCAACCUGUCAGCUGUAAGGCUCAACCGGACUGCCCGCCCAACACCUUCUGUUACGGCGGAAUUUGCAAACCAGCCUGCCAAUCCAACGUCGAAUGUCAAGACGGCGAGGCCUGUGUCCGUGGACAGUGCGUCAAUCCCUGUUUGCUGGACGGCGCUUGCGGUAUGAACGCCCAAUGCCGGCCAGUAAAUCACGCGGCCGUUUGCUCGUGCUCGGCCGGAUUCACCGGAUCGCCCAAAACGGAAUGCAUCCGCGUUCCAGUGGCUUGCCGUCGCGAUAGCGAAUGCGGUAGCGGCAACAGAUGCAACGAAGGACGUUGCGUUCCCGUCUGCACUAGCGACUCCAAGUGCGCCAUCAACGAGAAAUGCGUCGCCGGACAAUGUAUGCUGACCUGCCGAGUGGACAACGAUUGUUUCCUCAGCCACAUUUGUCUCAACAACAUGUGCACCAUCGGUUGCCGACAGAACACCGAUUGCGCCACCGAUGAAGCUUGCAUUGACAGCCGCUGUAAAAAUCCCUGCAGCUCCGAAGCCGUUUGCGGACCUAACGCGUUGUGUAAUGUUGUCAAUCAACGAGCUCAAUGUACCUGUCCAGCUGGAUUCUUGGCUUACCCAACUCCCAACACGGCCUGCGUCCGAGAGCCAACACCUUGCACCGGAACCAAGAGCUGCGCUGCUGGAUUUACCUGCCAGAAUUCCGUCUGCCGUCCUCUGUGCUCGGCCGACUCCCAGUGUUUGGUCAACGAACGCUGCGGACAAGGAAUGUGCGUGCCUGUCUGUAGACAAGACACGGACUGUUCCAGUGGCGAGAUUUGCUCGAUGGGAAGCUGCAAAACCGGAUGCCGAGUCGAUCCUGACUGCCCCAUGACUCACGCCUGUCUCAAUGCCCAGUGCGUCUCCGUCUGCGCCUCACCGGCCGCAUGCGGCACCAACGCCAAGUGUACCGGAACCAACCAUCGAGCCCAAUGCUCUUGCCUCGAAGGCUUAGUCGGAAACGCUAAAGUUGCUUGUCGCUAUCCACCAUCCACCUGUACCGGAACCACCGACUGUUUGGCCAACCAGAAAUGUAUUGGCGGAAUGUGCCGUCCCGGCUGUACCAAUGAUCAAGGAUGUCUUUCCGAUUCCCGAUGCAUCAACGGAGCUUGCAGUCCCGUCUGUAACAGCGACAACUUUUGUGACCGUGGUCAUGUCUGUCUAGAUCGUGUUUGCGUCGUCGGUUGUCGUAACGACGCUACUUGCCCGGCCAGUCAAGCCUGUAUCAACAACAAAUGCGUCGAUCCUUGCCGAGUCCCUAAUGUUUGUGGCAACUGCGCUGUUUGUGAGGUCAUCAAUCACGCAGCCCAGUGUACUUGCCCGUCGGGAUCGAUCGGUAACCCUCAGGUUGGAUGCGCCAUCACUCCGACAAGGUGUUCCACCAACGGCGAUUGCGGUUCAGGAGCUUGCAUUUCCGGUUUGUGCUCGAAAACCUGCACGAAGAUCAACGAUUGCAGUUGCGGUGAAACCUGCGUCCAGGGACGUUGUCGCCUCAAGUGCUCGGCGGACAACCAGUGCCCAACUGGUCAGCUCUGCCGAUUCGGAAGCUGCGCCGCCGGAUGCAAAGCCAACACCGAUUGCGCCGUCCAACAGGCUUGCAUUAACGGACAAUGUAAAGAUCCUUGUCAAGUCAGCCCGUGCGGAAAAGGAGCGGAAUGCCGAAUCUCUGACCACCGAGCAGUUUGCCUCUGCCCCAACGGCUACUCCGGAAAUCCGACUGUCGGUUGCGAGAAGAACGAAUGCGAACGCGACGGCGAUUGCGACAUGGAAAAGCGCUGCCAAAACAACCGCUGCGUCCUGCCGUGUCUCGAAGCCGGAGCUUGCGGAGUCAACGCCGUCUGCCGCUCUGUUAACCACAAGGCCCAGUGUCUUUGCCCACCCGGUUACUUCGGCAACGCUCAAAUUGAUUGCAAACAAGAUGUCAACGAAUGUUUAAGCAAUCCUUGCGGUGCCAACGCUGUUUGCACAGACAACGUGGGUAGUUUCACCUGCACUUGCUCACCUGGAUGCAUUGGCGAUCCUGUCAGGGGCUGCCUUUGCACAGCACCGUCCACGAUCGAUCCUUGCGCCGAUUCCGGCUGUGGACUUAACGCCCAAUGCCGAGUCGAAGGAAGCCGUCCCGUCUGCUUCUGUCCGCCCAAUUAUCCAUCUGGAAAUCCCCGCGUCGAAUGUGCUCUUGAAAAACCUUCGAUGAGAACGGAUUGCCGGACAGAAGGUUGCGGAGAAGGAGCUUCUUGUGUUGCCGAUGGCACUCUUUACGUCUGCCGUUGUCAGACUGGCCUCCAAGGAAACCCGGAUGUCCGUUGCAGCGCAGAUCGCUCCUGCUCGAUUGACAACGACUGCCCCAUGGAUAAGGCUUGCGUCAAUCGGCAGUGUCAAGAUCCCUGCUCGUUGCGAGAGGCUUGCGGUCAGAAUGCUCUCUGUAGCGUCGUCUUGCACAAGGCCCGCUGCUCUUGCCCACAAUGCUAUAUCGGCCGGCCGACUCUCAAGUGCAGUCCAGAUCCCAGAUGUGGAACGACAACUCAGAGACCCGUUGCUGUCAUAACUACGCCCAGAAAUCCAGUGACGAGCAGUCCAAGACCCCCGACUUCACCCGUUGUAGCUGCCUGUUCCAGGGACAACCAGUGCUCGACCAAUCAUGCUUGCAACACCAAUUUGGGCACUUGCCAAGAUCCUUGCGACUUCAAGAACGUCGCCUGCGAUCAAGGCAAACGCUGCGAAGUCCGCCGGCAUCGUCCCGUCUGCGUCUGUAAGCACGGCUUCGUGCUGAACGAAGCGGGCGAGAUGGCGUGCGGACCGAACCCGAUCGAAUGUCGAGUGGACGACGAAUGCGCUAGUAACUUGGCCUGCGUACAAGGCCGGUGCACGAAUCCUUGCGCUGGCACUCGUAAUCCCUGCACGGCUUCCAACAAAGUGUGCCAGGUGUUAGACCAUCGGGCCGUUUGCAUUUGCGUUGAAGACUGCACGGCUUCUGUGUCGAUUUGCUUGCGCGAUCGAGGCUGCCCACCCACCAUGGCCUGCGUCAACUUCCAGUGCCGUAAUCCGUGCGAGAAUUCCACCUGCCCAGAAAACCGGCCGUGCUACGUUGAAGAGCAUAAGGCCGUCUGCAAAUUCUGCCCGCCCGGAUUUGUGGUCAAUCCGCAAUACGGAUGCAUUCAAGCUGUCGGAUGUCGAACGGAUGCCGAAUGCCCUGCAAAGGAAGGUUGCGUUAACGGACGCUGUCAGGUAGUUGAUAUACCCAAAGAGCCUGUAGUGGGUGAAUGCCCUCCCUGCAAUGCCAAUGAAGAGUGUGACGCCACAACGCUCACUUGCUUCCCCGGACCACUCAAGCCUAUUGCGGUUGUGACGGAACCAACAACGGUCCCCGUUCCAGGACAGACGACCAGCGCUAAACCAGGGUAUCCUUAUCCUAGUACACCUGUGCCAAAUUUUACCUAUCCUCCUACGGGCCCUAUUGUUGAUGAGACAACAUCCCAUAGACCUGGUUAUCCAAGGCCUUCUACACCGGAAAUCCCAUUUUCAAUCCCAACCACUGAACCGGUUAUAGCUGAAACAACAAGUCAAAUGCCUGGCUAUCCUAAACCGCCUACACCGGAAAUUCCUUUUCCGAUCUCCACAACCGAAUUAGGGGUAGAAACGACAACCACGAAAGCAGUAACUCCAAUCACGAGACCACCACGUCCAACCCUACCUUUGGAACCGGUCGUUGCAGAAACAACAGCUCCUACCGUUCCACCUACCGUGCCCACGAAACUUCCUACUUAUCCUACUGUUCCUUCACCUAUUACGCCGUUGGCAGAAUCUCCAUCACCUCCACCAACUGCGGGUACUGCAAGUACUAGUAGACCACCGCCACCAACUGAGCCAGUAGUGGCAGAACCCGGUACUACACCUCCAACCAGUCCAACCACCGCUAGACCUCCUCGCCCUAGUUACCCUACACCUUCUAUAAUUCCACCGGUUGCUGAGACAUCAACUCGCCCUCCACCUCCUUCCCAAGAAACGUCAACUUCCAAACCUUCUACUGUGCCUGUUGUUGUGGAAACCCCAGCUCCACAAGUGCCACCAACUCCAAUUCCUUACCCGCCUGCACCACCCGCUGUGCCUGUGUCACCUCCAGUGGCCGAAACUCCACGUCCCGACUAUCCAUCACCUACACAGCAAACCACAAAACCCCCUCAACCUCCAGCUGUGCCUGUUGUUGCGGAGACACCUGUUCCUUCAACUCCCAAGCCGAUUGGCCCUUCUACACCUAGACCUUCUAACCCUCCUAGUAAUCCACCAUUGGCUGAAACCCCCAAACCUUCUUAUCCUUCUCCUGUUCAAGAGCCACCUAGCAUUUCAAACCCACCUACUGUUCCAGUAAUUGCUGAAACACCUAGCCCCACUCCUAAACCUGAAAUUCCAUAUCCACCUGCACCUCCUUCUAUACCUCCUUAUCAACCACCAACGGCUGAAUCUCCUGCACCAUCGCCACCUGCAACCACUGGAACAACUCGGCCUCCGUUGCCGACUGAACCAGUAGUGGCUGAACCUAGCCCGCCUAAUGAGUCAGAACAACCAUUUACAAGACCACCUGUUCCUUCUUAUCCAUCUCCUCCUAACCUUCCACCUAUUGCAGAAACAUCAGUACGACCACCUUCACCAACACAAGCACCACCAUCAUUUGCUUACCCAUCUACCAUGCCAGUUAUUGCUGAAAAUCCAUCACCCAGUACAUCUAAACCAAUUGGUCCCUCUCCACCUAGACCUUCUAACCCUCCUAGCUUACCACCUUUAGCCGAAACACAAAAACCUGCCUAUCCCGCUCCCGUUCAGGAAACACCUGGUAUUUCUAACCCUCCAUCUGUACCAGUGGUUGCGGAAACUCCUGCGCCUUCGGCAGUUACACCUCCAUAUGUAUCAUAUCCUUCUCCUCCAACUCCACCUGGUUUACCACCUUUAGCUGAAACCUCUCGCCCUCAAUAUCCAUCACCUACACAAGAAACUACUAAUAUCCCUCGCCCCCCAACAGUUCCGGUUGUUGCCGAAACACCAUAUCCUUCAACUACCCGACCGAUUGUAACCCCUCCAAAACCUUUAACGCCUUCUAGUAUACCACCUUUAGCUGAAACCCCAAGACCCAGUUAUCCUUCUCCUGUACAACAACCACCCGGCAUAUCUAACCCACCUACUGUUCCAGUAAUUGCUGAAACAUCUCGACCUACUCCUAAACCUGAAAUUCCAUAUCCACCUGCAACUCCUUCUAUUCCCACGCAAAAACCCCCGACAGCCGAAACUCCUGCUCCUUCCCCACCAGCAAUACCAGGAACGAGUAGACCUCCUCUCCCAAUAGAGCCUGUUAUUGCUGAACCUAGUCCUCCUUAUGGUCCAGCUACUCCUGCAACGAGGCCGCCUCGCCCGUCUUAUCCUACUCCACCACAACUUCCACCUAUCGCUGAGACCUCAUCUCGACCACCAUAUCCUACCCAGGCACCACCAUCCAAUUUUAACCCACCUACUUUACCGGUUAUUGCAGAAACUCCAUCACCCAGUACACCUAGACCAGUUGGUCCAACUCCACCUAGACCUUCAAAUCCUCCUAGCAUUCCUCCUUUAGCCGAAACACAAAAACCUUAUUAUCCUUCUCCCGUUCAAGAAACUCCGGGCAUUUCUAACCCACCUACUGUCCCAGUUAUUGCUGAAACUCCUUUACCCAGUACUCCCCGACCAGCAGGUCCCACUCCACCAAAACCCUACAACCCUCCUAGCAUACCACCUUUCGCCGAAACACCAAAACCUUCUUAUCCUGCUCCUGUACAAGAACCACCUGGCAUUUCUAACCCACCCACUGUUCCAGUAAUUGUUGAGACAACACGGCCUACUCUUAAACCUGAUAUUUCAUACCCACCUCCAGCUCCUUCCGUUCCUCCUUUCCCAACGGCUGAAUCUCCCGCGCCAUCACCACCAGCAAUACCAGGAACUAGUAAACCUCCGUUACCAACUGAGCCGGUUAUAUCUGAACCAAGCCCUCCUUAUGUGCCAGCUACUCCUUCUACAAGGCCACCUCGCCCGUCCUAUCCUACUCCCCCUCAUCUUCCACCCAUCGCUGAGACCUCAGUACGACCACCUUCACCAACACAAGCAACACCAUCAAUUGCUUACCCUUCUACCGUACCAGUAAUUGCCGAAACUCCCUCACCUAGUACAUCUAGACCACUUGGUCCCACUCCACCAAGACCUUAUAAUCCUCCUAGCAUACCACCUUUGGCUGAAACACCAAAACCUUCUUAUCCUGCUCCUGUACAAGAACCACCUGGCAUUUCUAACCCGCCUACUGUUCCAGUAAUUGCUGAGACACCACGGCCUACUCCUAAACCUGAUAUUUCAUACCCACAUCCAGCUCCUUCCGUUCCUCCUUUCCAACCCCCAACGGCUGAAUCUCCUGCUCCAUCCCCACCGGCAAUACCGGGAACGAGUAGACCUCCGUUACCAACUGAGCCGGUUAUAUCUGAACCAAGCCCUCCUUAUGUGCCAGCUACUCCUGCAACAAGGCCACCUCGCCCAACCUAUCCUACUCCUCCUCAUCUUCCACCCAUCGCUGAGACCUCAGUACGACCACCUUCACCAACACAAGCAACACCAUCAAUUGCUUACCCUUCUAACGUACCAGUAAUUGCCGAAACUCCCUCACCUAGUACACCUAGACCACUUGGUCCCACUCCACCAAGACCUUAUAAUCCUCCUAGCAUACCACCUUUGGCUGAAACACCAAAACCUUCUUAUCCUGCUCCUGUACAAGAACCACCUGGCAUUUCUAACCCGCCUACUGUUCCAGUAAUUGCUGAGACACCACGGCCCACUCCUAAACCUGAUAUUUCAUAUCCACCUCUAGUUCCUUCCGUUCCUCCAUUCCAACCCCCAACGGCUGAAUCUCCCGCGCCAUCACCACCAGCAAUACCAGGAACUAGUAAACCUCCGUUACCAACUGAGCCGGUUAUAUCUGAACCAAGCCCUCCUUAUGGCCCAGCUACUCCUUCUACAAGGCCACCUCGCCCGUCCUAUCCUACUCCCCCUCAUCUUCCACCCAUUUCUGAGACCUCAUAUCAACCACCUUUACCUACGAAAGCACCAUCUUCAGUCCCCUAUCCUUCCACCGUCCCGGUAAUUGCUGAAACAAUUUCAUCGACUUCACGACCAAUUGGCCCAACACCACCAAGACCAUAUAACCCACCUAGUAUACCACCAGUGGCCGAAACUCCCAGUCCUUCUUAUCCAGCUCCUAUUCAAGAGCAACCCGGUAUUUCUAACCCACCCACUGUUUCCGUUAUUGCUGAAACUCCUCGGCCUACUCCUCCUCCUGGAUCCCAGUAUUCACCUCCAUCUCCUUCCGUUCCUCCAUUCCAACCUCCAGUAGCAGAAAGUCCUGCUCCUUCUCCUCCUGCAACACCAGGGACAAGUAGGCCUCCACCACCCAUUGAACCAGUCGUAGCUGAACCCAGUCCACCAGGUCCAGCUCAGCCAGGCACAAGGCCUCCACGACCAAACUAUCCAACUCCUCCUAGUUUAUCACCUGAGGCUGAAACGCAACGACCUUAUCCACCUUCACCUACCCCACAGCUUCCUUCGAUAUCUAAUCCUCCAACGGUUCCCGUGAUUGGAGAACAACCAUCGACGACCAAUAAACCAUAUCCUCCUCAUCCACCGCCCGUUACAUCGUCUCCUGCCCUUCCACCAUUAGCUGGAACACCUUCACAGUAUCCUAUAGGCCCAACUUCUCGACCACCUGGUUAUCCUGUACAACCUCCAACUUCUCCCGUUGAAGCGGAAGUACCUUCCCCAUCACCUCAAGAUAUACCUGGUUUGCCAUCUUAUCCACAAGUUCCCAGUAGACCACCAACAGCUGUUUUACCCACUCGGCCCUCGGCAGUAGCCGGAACGCGACCUCCAGGUUCCCCUCCCACUGUCCCUGUAAUUGGGGAAAGACCACCUUCCAAUCCCAUUUCACCACCUUCUCAAAAACCCGAUCCUUACCCUUACCCUAAACCACCUCCAUCAAUACCCGAAAUAACCACUCGGCCUCCGCCAACAGUACCUGGUCAAACCCCAGUCACCCCCGGUACCCCAACACCCGUAGUUGCUGAACCGUCUCGUCCUGAAACGCCGGGUCGUCCACAAAUCCAGCAGCCACCUACUGGAACACAAGUCACACCACCAUCGUUUGUCUGGCCUGAGGCGCUUAGACCUAUCACGUCGGAACGGCCUUCAUUUGGUCGCCCGACUCCACCACAGGUCAUCAUCCCACCGAAAACGGGUUGCGUCAGCAACAACGACUGCCUGGACACCGAGGCCUGUGACAUCCCUAACGAGCGCUGUAUCGACCCUUGUUCCUUCCAGCCUUGUGUGCCGAAUGCUCAGUGCCAAGUGGUGUAUCACAAUCCUGUCUGUGCUUGCCGCCCUGGAUACACAGGAGUUGCCAGCAUCCAAUGCAUACCUGUGGUUGUCGGUGAAUGCCAGUCCAACAACGAUUGCCCUUAUGAUCGUUACUGCGAUCGCCCAACUGCCCAGUGUAUUCCAGUUUGCCAGACGCGCAUCUGUGGGCAACUUGCUUCAUGCCAGGCAGUCAAUCACAAUGCCGUCUGCAGUUGCCUUGAAGGCUAUACAGGAAACCCUCGCGAGCAGUGUUAUAAAUUGACUGGCUGCAGAAGCAACAACGACUGCCCAGCAAAAGAAGCUUGCAUUAACGGACAGUGUGUUAAUCCAUGCCGUUGUGGAGUUGGAGCUGUUUGCGAAAUUAGGGAUCACAGCCCAAUCUGCAAAUGUCCACCAGGAACAGUUGGCAAUCCUCUAUCCGGCUGCACAUCUCCAGUAGUAUCAGAACCAUGCAAUCCCAGCCCGUGUGGACCGAAUGCUGAUUGUUCUGUAGGAGUGACCAAAAAUCCAAUUUGUACUUGUCGUCCUGGCUUUUAUGGAGAUCCACAAAGCAAUCGUGGGUGUGGACCUGAAUGUACCACAAACAGCGAAUGCCAGUCGACACAGGCGUGCAUCAACCAAAAGUGUCGCGAUCCAUGCCCAGGAGUUUGUGGAAUAAACGCAGCUUGUCGAGUGUCAGGACACAAUCCAGUUUGCUCAUGCGUUCCUGGAUAUACCGGAAACCCGUACCAGAAUUGCAAUCCGAUUGUCGUUUCGGCCGUCGAGACUCCAACUUUGGCGCCACCUAUCUCUUAUCCACAACAACCACCAAGACCAGAUUGCCCUAACUGUAAACCCGAAUGCGUCCUUAACUCGGACUGCCCGCCCAACUUAGCCUGCUUCAACGCAAAGUGCAGAGAUCCCUGUCCCGGAGUGUGUGGCCAAAAUGCAGUCUGCAAAGUCAACAAUCACAACCCCAUAUGCUCUUGCCUACAAGGAUAUCAAGGCGAUCCUACUAGAUCUUGCGCUCCACGACCGGUUGAACCAGUUGUUUCGGAGCCAGUCGUUACUCAGCCUUGCAAUCCAAGUCCGUGUGGCAACUACGCAGAAUGUCGUCCAGUCAACAAUCAAGCAGUGUGCUCUUGCUUGCCAGGUUACUUUGGCACACCUUGCCGUCCCGAAUGCGUGGCCAGCAGUGACUGUCCUCAGAACAAAGCCUGUGUUAAUCAGAAAUGUGUCGACCCAUGCCCAGGCACAUGCGGAAUUGGAGCUAACUGCGUCGUCAAAGAUCACAAUCCCAUCUGUUCCUGCCCUGGCAGCAUGACAGGCGAUCCUUUCGUUCGUUGUACAGAACCAGUAGUUGUCCAACCCGAAAUAGUCACCACAAGACCGAAAGAUCCCUGCACUCCAACCCCGUGUGGUGUUGGAGCAGAAUGCAGAUCCCAAGGAAACAGUGCUACAUGCAAAUGUCCAAUUAAUUAUGUAGGAGAUCCUUACACUGGAUGUCGACCAGAAUGUGUUCAAAACUCAGACUGCCCGCGUGACCAAAGCUGCGCUAACAACCGGUGCAUUAAUCCAUGUCCAGGCGUCUGUGGAUUGAACGCAGAGUGUCGAGUUAUCAAUCAUUAUCCAGUCUGUAGUUGUAUCUCUGGUUACACUGGCGAUGCCUCAUCAGCUUGCCGUCCUAUUCCAAUCGAAAGUCGUCCAAUAGAACCUGUUGUGACUGAAAGGCCAUGUGUUCCAUCACCAUGUGGUCCAAACAGCGCCUGCAGAGAAGUUAGCAAUAAACCCGUCUGCUCUUGUCAAUCUGGAUUCGUAGGAGUUCCUCCUAGCUGCCGACCCGAGUGUUCAUCGAAUGCUGAAUGCUCUCAGUCAUUGGCCUGUAUAAGCCAAAAAUGUCGAGAUCCUUGUCCUGGAGUUUGUGGGGAGAACGCUAUCUGUCGAGUCACCAAUCACAACCCAAUUUGCAACUGUCCAAACGACCUUACAGGCGAUCCAUUCAUUCGUUGCCAACCUUUUCCUGCUCGUCCUCAAGAGCCGGUCAUUGAAGAACGACCCAACCCUUGCAUUCCUUCGCCAUGUGGUCCUAAUUCCCAAUGCCAGGUUGUAAGAAACCAAGCCCAAUGUGGAUGUCAAGAUGGUAUGAUCGGUACUGUACCAAACUGCCGACCCGAAUGUGUUCGUAACAGCGAUUGCCCAUCGAAUUUGGCUUGCAUCAACCAAAAGUGUAAAGAUCCUUGUCCGGGAGUAUGCGGUGCCAACACUCAAUGUCGAGUAGUCGGUCACAAUCCAGUUUGUUCUUGCAAGGAAUCCUAUACAGGCGACCCAUACCGAAACUGCGUUCCGAUUCAACCUGUUGUGUCCGAACCAGUCAAGAAACCUCCGACUUCAAAUCUUUGCGUUCCAUCACCUUGUGGUGCAAAUGCCGUUUGUAGAGAUCAGUCAGGAUUGGCAAUAUGUCAGUGUCUACCUGAAUACUUUGGUGACGCCCGCCAGGGAUGUAAACCCGAAUGCGUUCUCAAUUCUGACUGCGCUUCCACCCAAGUUUGUGUCAACCAAAAAUGCCGCGAUCCAUGCCCAGGAUUAUGUGGCAACAACGCAGAAUGUCGAGUCGUUAACCAUUUUGCCAGUUGCUAUUGUCCUCAAGGCUAUACGGGUAGUCCACUGGAAUCGUGCAAGGUCAUUCCAGUUGAAGUGCCAAGACCAACUCAACCGACCGUCGCUGAAAAGUGUACUCCAUGCAAUCCAUCUCCUUGUGGUCCAUACAGUGUCUGUCGAGAAGUGGAUUGUCGCCCUGUUUGCUCCUGUCAAACUGAAUACCAAGGCGUGCCACCCAGUUGUAGGCCUGAAUGUCUCCUGAACUCAGAUUGUGAAACCACUUUGGCUUGCAUCAACCAAAAAUGUAAGGAUCCUUGUGCUGGAAUCUGCGGCCAGGGAGCUGAAUGUCGUGUGGUAUCCCACAACCCGAUUUGCAGUUGCCCACGAGGAAAAACAGGAGAUCCUUUUAUCGAGUGUCGCCCAACACCAGUUGUGACACCGCCCAUUCAACCACAAGUUGUCGAUCCAUGUGUGCCAACACCAUGUGGACCAAACAGCGUAUGCCAAGUCCUUAACGACAAAGCUACCUGUGGUUGUGUUGCCAAUAUGAUUGGAACGGCACCCAACUGCCGACCUGAGUGUGUAGUGAACAGUGAUUGUCCUAGCAACCGAGCAUGUGUCCGCCAAAAGUGUGUCGAUCCCUGCCCCGGCUCUUGUGGUUUCAACGCAGAUUGCCGAGUUGCUAACCACCAACCAGUCUGCUCGUGUCAACCAAAAUUCACCGGUGACCCUUACGCAUCUUGUCGCCCCAUUCCUGUCGUCGUGCCACCGACUGAACCUUCAGUCGUUAAACCUUGCGAUCCUUCGCCUUGCGGGCCGAACAGCAUAUGUAGACCAGUCGGGUCUGAGCCUGUUUGCUCUUGCCAGUCAAACUUUGACGGUGUACCACCUGAAUGUCGACCUGAAUGUAUUUCGAGUUCGGAAUGCCCCCCGUCUAAAGCUUGUGUCAACAUGAAAUGUCAAGAUCCAUGCCCCGGGGCAUGUGGCCGAGAUGCACAAUGCCGAGUUGUUAACCACAGUCCAAUUUGCAUCUGUCCGUCUGGAUGGACUGGCGACCCUCUAACUGGAUGUCGAAUCAUCCCUACACCAACACCUAAUCCUGUAGUGGAGGAAAGCACGUUACGUCCCAUACCACCAAACCCGUGUACACCAUCACCAUGUGGACCAAAUUCACAAUGCCAAGCCGUUUCAGGACAAGCCCAAUGUGGCUGUGUGUCGGGAAUGAUCGGAACUGCACCCAACUGUCGACCAGAGUGUGUACUGAGCUCCGACUGCACAUCAAAUAGAGCUUGUAUCAAUCAGAAAUGUGUUGAUCCAUGCCCCGGAGUUUGUGCACCGAACGCAGAGUGCAGAGUGGUUAGCCAUUCUCCCGUCUGUAGCUGUGUAGCUGGGUACACAGGCGAUGCUUUUAGAAACUGUCGACCAAUCCCUGCUGUUGUUGAACCGAACGUCGUCCAACCGCCAACUCCUUGCGAUCCCAAUCCUUGUGGCACCAAUGCUCAAUGCAAAUCACAAAACGGAGCCAUCAAUUGCGUCUGUCCGGCAAACUAUGUCGGUGAUCCGUACAGCUCUUGUCGACCUGAAUGCGUUCUUAACACAGAUUGUCCAAGAGAUAAAAAUUGCGUGAAUAGCCGCUGCGUCGAUCCAUGCCCGGGAACUUGUGGCAUUAACGCUAUCUGUAGGGUAACAAAUCACAUCCCUGUAUGCAGUUGCAAAGAGUCUCACACCGGAGAUCCUUAUGGAUCUUGCCGUCCCAUUCCCGUGAAACCGCUCAUAACAUCUCCAAGUGAAGUAGAAAGACCUUGCGUACCAACACCUUGCGGUCCAAAUAGUCAAUGCCGUGAGGUCGGCAAUGCUCCGGUCUGUUCUUGUCAGUCAGGCUACCUUGGUGUACCACCAGAAUGUAGACCGGAAUGUGUGUCAAGCUCAGAGUGCGCACCGUCUCAGGCGUGUGUCAACUUCAAAUGUCAAGAUCCCUGUCCUGGAACCUGUGGUCGAGAUGCUCAGUGCCGUGUAGUUAAUCACAACCCGAUUUGCGUGUGUCCUUCGGGAUGGACUGGUGAUCCUCUUACUGGUUGUCACAUUAUUCCUACACCGGUACCAAACCCUGUAGUGGAAGAAGGCACAUUACGACCCAUACCACCCAACCCUUGCACGCCAUCACCAUGCGGACCAAACUCGCAAUGUCAAGUCGUUUCUGGUCAAGCUCAAUGUGGAUGUGUGUCUGGGAUGAUUGGUUCUGUGCCCAACUGUCGGCCAGAAUGUGUACUAAGCUCGGACUGCGCAUCGAAUAGGGCCUGCAUCAAUCAGAAAUGCGUUGAUCCUUGCCCCGGUACUUGUGCAUCCAACGCUGAUUGUAGAGUUGUCAACCACUCCCCCGUAUGCAAUUGUGCAACGGGUUACACUGGCGAUGGUUUUAGUAAUUGUCGUCCGAUUCCAGCAGUCGUCGAACCAAACGUCGUCCAGCCGCCAACACCUUGUGAUCCUAAUCCUUGCGGUACCAACGCUCAAUGCAAAACGCGAAAUGGGGCAAUCGAUUGCUCCUGUCCAGGAAACUAUGUUGGUGAUCCUUACAGUUCUUGUCGACCAGAAUGUGUUCUCAACACAGACUGUCCUCGUGACCAGAGCUGUUCUCGCAAUCGCUGUAUAGAUCCUUGUCCAGGAACAUGUGGUUUGAAUACUGAAUGCAGAGUCUCAAAUCACAUUCCUGUUUGCAGUUGCAAACAUUCCCAUACUGGAGACCCUUACGGCUCCUGUCGUCCUAUACCUGUGAUAAUACCUCCCACAUCUCCGUCAGUCGUCGAGAAACCUUGCGAUCCUCCUCCUUGCGGACCAAACAGUAUUUGUAGACCUGUCGGAAACUCUCCUGUCUGCUCUUGCCAGCCCAACUAUCUAGGCCUUCCACCCAAUUGUAGACCUGAGUGCGUAUCCAGUGCCGAAUGCCCGGCUUCUCAAGCGUGUGUCAACUUAAAGUGUCAGGACCCUUGCAAAGAUAUUUGUGGUCGCGACGCUAAUUGCAAAGUCGUCAAUCAUAAUCCAAUUUGCAUCUGUCCUUCUGGAUGGACUGGAGAUCCAUUAACUGGAUGCCGAAUCAUUCCGACUGCUUUACCAAGCCCAGUUGUAGAAGAAGGAACACUAAGACCCAUCCCACCUAAUCCGUGCACACCAAAUCCUUGCGGACCCAACUCACAAUGCCAAGCAGUGUCCGGACAGGCGGAAUGCGGAUGUCUUAGCAACAUGAUCGGCUCGGCACCGAACUGUCGACCGGAAUGUAUCCUUAACUCAGACUGCCCAGCCAGUAGCGCUUGUGUCAAUCAAAAAUGCGUCGAUCCUUGUCCAGGAACCUGUGGCUCAAACUCUGAAUGUCGCGUAGUCAACCACUCGCCUGUUUGCAGUUGUGUAGCAGGUUUCACUGGAAACGCUUUCAACGACUGUCGACCAGUCCCUGUCGUCGUGGAACCAAAUGUUGUUCAACCACCGAGCCCUUGCGAUCCCAACCCAUGCGGAACCAAUGCCCAGUGCAAAUCGCAAAACGGAGCCAUCAAUUGCGUGUGCCCGGCAAAUUAUAUCGGAGAUCCGUUUGGCUCAUGUCGACCUGAAUGCCUUUUAAACACGGAUUGUCCUCGUGAAAAGAGCUGCGUGAAAAACCGAUGCGUUGAUCCUUGUCAGGGAACAUGCGGUUCCAACGCUGACUGUAGAGUUGCCAACCACAUUCCAAUUUGCAGUUGCAAAGAGGCCCAUACUGGAGAUCCUUAUGGAUCUUGCCGUCCAAUUCCUGUGAUAAUUCCACCGACUUCACCAAGUGUUAUCGAAAAACCAUGCGAUCCUCCUCCAUGCGGUCCUCAUAGUACAUGUAGACCGGUCGGCAACGCUCCUGUCUGCGCUUGCCAGCCAGGCUAUUUGGGAAUUCCACCGGAAUGUAGACCUGAAUGCGUAUCUAGCUCUGAAUGCGCUCCUGCACAAGCAUGUCUCAACUUCAAAUGCCAAGAUCCUUGUCCCGGAACUUGCGGCAGAGAUGCCCAAUGCAAAAUAGUCAACCACAAUCCCAUUUGUAUUUGUCCAGCUGGAUGGAUUGGUGACCCAUUAACAGGGUGCCGUAUAAUACCGACUCCGAUACCCAACCCUGUAGUGGAAGAAGGCACAUUGCGACCCAUUCCACCUAAUCCGUGCACACCAUCGCCAUGCGGACCCAGUUCGCAGUGUCAAGUGGUUUCUGGACAAGCCCAGUGCGGCUGUCUUCCAAAUAUGAUUGGCUCCGCCCCGAAUUGUAGACCGGAAUGUUUGGUCAGCUCAGACUGCUCAUCGCAAAGCGCUUGCAUAAACCAGAGGUGUAUCGAUCCUUGUUCAGGAACAUGCGCUAGCAAUUCUGAUUGUCGCGUUGUCAAUCACUCACCCGUUUGCACCUGUGCCGUUGGUUAUACGGGCAAUGGUUUUACAGAUUGUCGACCAGUCCCAGCAGUGGUCGAACCAAAUGUCGUCCAACCAGCGACUCCUUGCGAUCCAAACCCUUGUGGCACCAACGCCCAAUGCAAAACGCAAAAUGGAGCCAUCAAUUGCGUGUGCCCUGCUAGUUACAUAGGCGAUCCCUACAGUUCUUGUCGGCCAGAAUGUGUUCUGAACACAGACUGUCCCCGUGAUAAGAACUGCCUUCAAAAUCGAUGCGUGGAUCCAUGCGUGGGAACAUGUGGCAUUAACGCCGACUGUAGAGUAUCUAACCACCUUCCCAUUUGCAGUUGCAAAGAAUCGCACACUGGUGAUCCUUAUGGAUCCUGUCGCCCUAUUCCUGUGAUAAUACCACCGACCGCUCCCUCUCUUGUCGAGGAACCGUGCAAACCAUCUCCUUGCGGACCAAAUAGCGUCUGCAGGCCAGUCGGUAACGCUCCCGUCUGCUCUUGUCAACCAAACUACUUGGGCUUGCCACCGGAUUGUAGACCGGAAUGUGUUUCAAGUUCAGAAUGUGCUCCUUCGCAAGCUUGUCUGAAUCUCAAGUGCCAAGAUCCUUGCAAAGAAACUUGUGGCCGAGAAGCGCAAUGCAAAGUUGUCAAUCACAACCCGAUUUGCGUGUGUCCAUCAGGGUGGACAGGCGAUCCUAUGACCGGGUGUCGCAUUAUUCCGACACCCAUACCUAGUCCAUCUGUUGAGGAAGGCACAUUACGACCCAUUCCACCUAAUCCUUGCACGCCAACACCUUGCGGACCCAACUCGCAAUGCCAAGUUGUGUCAGGACAGGCCCAAUGCGGAUGUGUGGCCGGAAUGAUUGGCUCCGCUCCUAAUUGUCGUCCCGAGUGUGUACUCAGUUCAGAGUGUCCAUCAAACAGGGCUUGCAUCAACCAGAAAUGUGUCGAUCCAUGCCUUGGAACAUGUGCACCAAACGGCGAAUGUCGCGUUGUUAACCACCGACCCGUUUGUAGUUGCGCAACUGGUUACUCCGGAGACGGAUUUAGCAAUUGCCAGCCACUUCCAGUUGUUGUCGAACCAAAUAUCGUCCAACCACCAACUCCUUGCGACCCAAAUCCUUGCGGUACCAACGCCCAAUGCAAGACGAAAAACGGGGCAAUCGAUUGCUCUUGUCCAGGAAACUAUGUCGGUGAUCCAUUCAGUUCAUGCAGACCCGAAUGUGUUCUCAACACGGACUGUCCACGUGAUAAAAGCUGCUCUCGAAACCGCUGUGUUGAUCCGUGUGCGGGAGCUUGUGGCGAUAACGCUGAUUGUAGAGUUGCGAACCACAUUCCCAUUUGCAGCUGCAAAGAAGCCCACACUGGCGAUCCUUACGGAUCUUGCCGUCCUAUUCCCGUGAAGAUUCCUCCAACGUCACCAAGUGUUGUCGAAAAACCUUGCGAUCCUCCUCCGUGUGGUCCUCAUAGUACAUGUAGACCAGUCGGCAACGCCCCAGUAUGCGCUUGUCAGCCAGGCUAUUUGGGAAUUCCACCAGAAUGUAGACCGGAAUGCGUUUCUAGCUCUGAAUGCGCUCCCUCACAAGCCUGUCUCAACUUUAAGUGCCAAGAUCCUUGUCCUGGAACUUGCGGCCGAGACGCAAAAUGUCAAGUUGUUAACCACAACCCGAUUUGCGUGUGUCCAUCGGGAUGGACUGGUGAUCCUCUAACUGGUUGUCACAUUAUACCUACACCAGUACCCAACCCUGUAGUUGAAGAAGGCACUUUGCGACCCAUACCACCUAAUCCUUGCACGCCAUCACCAUGCGGACCCAGUUCACAAUGCCAAGUGGUUUCAGGACAAGCCCAGUGCGGGUGUCUUCCGAAUAUGAUUGGUUCGGCCCCAAAUUGUAGACCGGAAUGUUUGGUCAGCUCAGACUGCCCAUCGCAAAGCGCUUGCAUAAACCAGAGGUGUAUCGAUCCUUGUUCAGGAACAUGCGCUAGCAAUUCUGAUUGUCGCGUUAUCAAUCACUUACCCGUUUGCACCUGUGCCGUUGGUUAUACGGGCAACGGUUUUACAGAUUGUCGCCCUGUGCCAGCAGUUGUCGAACCAAAUGUUGUCCAACCACCUACUCCAUGCGAUCCCAAUCCUUGUGGCACCAAUGCCCAAUGCAAAACACGAAACGGAGCCAUCAAUUGUGUCUGCCCAGCAAAUUAUGUCGGCGAUCCGAACAGCUCUUGUCGACCGGAAUGCGUUCUAAACACAGAAUGUCCAAGAGAUAAAAAUUGCGUGAAUAACCGUUGCGUCGAUCCAUGCCAAGGAACUUGCGGUAUUAACGCUGUUUGUAGGGUCACGAAUCACAUCCCUGUCUGCAGUUGCAAAGAGUCUCACACCGGAGAUCCUUAUGGAUCUUGUCGUCCUAUUCCCGUUAAACCGCUCAUAACAUCUCCAAGUGAAGUAGAAAGACCUUGCGUACCGACACCUUGCGGUCCAAAUAGUCAGUGCCGUGAGGUCGGCAAUGCUCCGGUCUGUUCUUGUCAGUCAGGCUACUUUGGCGUACCACCAGAAUGUAGACCGGAAUGUGUGUCAAGCUCAGAGUGCGCACCGUCUCAGGCGUGUGUCAACUUCAAAUGUCAAGAUCCCUGUCCUGAAACCUGUGGUCGAGAUGCUCAGUGCCGUGUAGUUAAUCAUAACCCGAUUUGUGUGUGUCCUUCGGGAUGGACUGGUGAUCCUCUAACUGGUUGUCGCAUUAUUUCUACACCAGUACCAAACCCUGCCGUGGAAGAAGGCACAUUACGACCCAUACCACCCAACCCUUGCACGCCAUCACCAUGCGGACAAAACUCGCAAUGUCAAGUCGUUUCUGGUCAAGCUCAAUGUGGAUGUGUGUCUGGGAUGAUUGGUUCUGUGCCCAACUGUCGGCCAGAAUGUGUACUCAGCUCAGACUGUCCGUCAAAUAGGGCCUGCAUCAAUCAGAAAUGUAUUGAUCCUUGCCCCGGUACUUGUGCAUCCAACGCUGAUUGUAGAGUCGUCAACCACUCCCCCGUGUGCAAUUGCGCAACGGGUUAUACUGGCGAUGGUUUCAGUAAUUGCCGUCCAAUUCCAGCAGUCGUCGAACCAAACGUCGUUCAACCACCGAGACCGUGCGACAAUAACCCAUGUGGAACGAACGCUCAAUGCAAAUCACAAAACGGAGCCAUCAAUUGCGUCUGUCCGUCAAAUUAUGUUGGCGAUCCUUACAGUUCUUGUCGACCAGAAUGUGUUCUCAACACAGACUGUCCUCGUGACCAGAGCUGUUCUCGCAAUCGCUGUAUCGAUCCUUGUCCAGGAACAUGUGGAUUGAAUGCUGAUUGCAGUGUUUCAAAUCAUAUUCCUAUUUGCAGUUGCAAACAAUCCUACACGGGAGACCCUUACGGCUCCUGUCGUCCUAUACCUGUGAUAAUACCUCCAACAUCUCCCUCAGUUGUCGAGAAACCUUGUGAUCCUCCUCCUUGCGGACCAAACAGUAUAUGCAAACCAGUCGGAAACGCCCCAGUGUGCUCCUGUCAACCUAAUUACUUGGGUUUACCACCAAACUGUAGACCCGAAUGCGUAUCUAGUGCCGAAUGUCCCGCUUCUCAAGCGUGCGUCAACUUCAAAUGUCGAGAUCCCUGUUUAGGAACCUGUGGAAGAGAUGCCGAAUGUUUUGUUGUUAAUCAUAGUCCAGUUUGUGUCUGUCCUUCUGGAUGGACCGGUGAUCCAUUAACUGGAUGCCGAAUCAUUCCAACUGCUAUACCUAUCCCAGUUGUAGAAGAAGGAACACUAAGACCCAUCCCACCUAAUCCGUGCACACCAAAUCCUUGCGGACCCAACUCACAAUGCCAAGCAGUGUCCGGACAGGCGGAAUGCGGAUGUCUUAGCAACAUGAUCGGCUCGGCACCGAACUGUCGACCGGAAUGUAUCCUUAACUCAGACUGCCCAGCCAGUAGCGCUUGUGUCAAUCAGAAAUGCGUCGAUCCUUGUCCAGGAACCUGUGGCUCAAACUCUGAAUGUCGCGUAGUCAACCACUCGCCUGUUUGCAGUUGUGUAGCAGGUUUCACUGGGAACGCUUUCAACGACUGUCGACCAGUCCCCGUCGUCGUGGAACCAAAUGUUGUUCAACCACCGAGCCCUUGCGAUCCCAACCCAUGCGGAACCAAUGCCCAGUGCAAAUCGCAAAACGGAGCCAUCAAUUGCGUGUGCCCGGCAAAUUAUAUCGGAGAUCCGUUUGGCUCAUGUCGACCUGAAUGCCUUUUAAACACGGAUUGUCCUCGUGAAAAGAGCUGCGUGAAAAACCGAUGCGUUGAUCCUUGUCAGGGAACAUGCGGUUCCAACGCUGACUGUAGAGUUGCCAACCACAUUCCAAUUUGCAGUUGCAAAGAGGCCCAUACUGGAGAUCCUUAUGGAUCUUGCCGUCCAAUUCCUGUGAUAAUUCCACCGACUUCACCAAGUGUUAUCGAAAAACCAUGCGAUCCUCCUCCAUGCGGUCCUCAUAGUACAUGUAGACCGGUCGGCAACGCUCCUGUCUGCGCUUGCCAGCCAGGCUAUUUGGGAAUUCCACCGGAAUGUAGACCUGAAUGCGUAUCUAGCUCUGAAUGCGCUCCUGCACAAGCAUGUCUCAACUUCAAAUGCCAAGAUCCUUGUCCCGGAACUUGCGGCAGAGAUGCCCAAUGCAAAAUAGUCAACCACAAUCCCAUUUGUAUUUGUCCAGCUGGAUGGAUUGGUGACCCAUUAACAGGGUGCCGUAUAAUACCGACUCCGAUACCCAACCCUGUAGUGGAAGAAGGCACAUUGCGACCCAUUCCACCUAAUCCGUGCACACCAUCGCCAUGCGGACCCAGUUCGCAGUGUCAAGUGGUUUCUGGACAAGCCCAGUGCGGCUGUCUUCCAAAUAUGAUUGGCUCCGCCCCGAAUUGUAGACCGGAAUGUUUGGUCAGCUCAGACUGCUCAUCGCAAAGCGCUUGCAUAAACCAGAGGUGUAUCGAUCCUUGUUCAGGAACAUGCGCUAGCAAUUCUGAUUGUCGCGUUGUCAAUCACUCACCCGUUUGCACCUGUGCCGUUGGUUAUACGGGCAAUGGUUUUACAGAUUGUCGACCAGUCCCAGCAGUGGUCGAACCAAAUGUCGUCCAACCAGCGACUCCUUGCGAUCCAAACCCUUGUGGCACCAACGCCCAAUGCAAAACGCAAAAUGGAGCCAUCAAUUGCGUGUGCCCUGCUAGUUACAUAGGCGAUCCCUACAGUUCUUGUCGGCCAGAAUGUGUUCUGAACACAGACUGUCCCCGUGAUAAGAACUGCCUUCAAAAUCGAUGCGUGGAUCCAUGCGUGGGAACAUGUGGCAUUAACGCCGACUGUAGAGUAUCUAACCACCUUCCCAUUUGCAGUUGCAAAGAAUCGCACACUGGUGAUCCUUAUGGAUCCUGUCGCCCUAUUCCUGUGAUAAUACCACCGACCGCUCCCUCUCUUGUCGAGGAACCGUGCAAACCAUCUCCUUGCGGACCAAAUAGCGUCUGCAGGCCAGUCGGUAACGCUCCCGUCUGCUCUUGUCAACCAAACUACUUGGGCUUGCCACCGGAUUGUAGACCGGAAUGUGUUUCAAGUUCAGAAUGUGCUCCUUCGCAAGCUUGUCUGAAUCUCAAGUGCCAAGAUCCUUGCAAAGAAACUUGUGGCCGAGAAGCGCAAUGCAAAGUUGUCAAUCACAACCCGAUUUGCGUGUGUCCAUCAGGGUGGACAGGCGAUCCUAUGACCGGGUGUCGCAUUAUUCCGACACCCAUACCUAGUCCAUCUGUUGAGGAAGGCACAUUACGACCCAUUCCACCUAAUCCUUGCACGCCAACACCUUGCGGACCCAACUCGCAAUGCCAAGUUGUGUCAGGACAGGCCCAAUGCGGAUGUGUGGCCGGAAUGAUUGGCUCCGCUCCUAAUUGUCGUCCCGAGUGUGUACUCAGUUCAGAGUGUCCAUCAAACAGGGCUUGCAUCAACCAGAAAUGUGUCGAUCCAUGCCUUGGAACAUGUGCACCAAACGGCGAAUGUCGCGUUGUUAACCACCGACCCGUUUGUAGUUGCGCAACUGGUUACUCCGGAGACGGAUUUAGCAAUUGCCAGCCACUUCCAGUUGUUGUCGAACCAAAUAUCGUCCAACCACCAACUCCUUGCGACCCAAAUCCUUGCGGUACCAACGCCCAAUGCAAGACGAAAAACGGGGCAAUCGAUUGCUCUUGUCCAGGAAACUAUGUCGGUGAUCCAUUCAGUUCAUGCAGACCCGAAUGUGUUCUCAACACGGACUGUCCACGUGAUAAAAGCUGCUCUCGAAACCGCUGUGUUGAUCCGUGUGCGGGAGCUUGUGGCGAUAACGCUGAUUGUAGAGUUGCGAACCACAUUCCCAUUUGCAGCUGCAAAGAAGCCCACACUGGCGAUCCUUACGGAUCUUGCCGUCCUAUUCCCGUGAAGAUUCCUCCAACGUCACCAAGUGUUGUCGAAAAACCUUGCGAUCCUCCUCCGUGUGGUCCUCAUAGUACAUGUAGACCAGUCGGCAACGCCCCAGUAUGCGCUUGUCAGCCAGGCUAUUUGGGAAUUCCACCAGAAUGUAGACCGGAAUGCGUUUCUAGCUCUGAAUGCGCUCCCUCACAAGCCUGUCUCAACUUUAAGUGCCAAGAUCCUUGUCCUGGAACUUGCGGCCGAGACGCAAAAUGUCAAGUUGUUAACCACAACCCGAUUUGCGUGUGUCCAUCGGGAUGGACUGGUGAUCCUCUAACUGGUUGUCACAUUAUACCUACACCAGUACCCAACCCUGCAGUUGAAGAAGGCACUUUGCGACCCAUACCACCUAAUCCUUGCACGCCAUCACCAUGCGGACCCAGUUCACAAUGCCAAGUGGUUUCAGGACAAGCCCAGUGCGGGUGUCUUCCGAAUAUGAUUGGUUCGGCCCCAAAUUGUAGACCGGAAUGUUUGGUCAGCUCAGACUGCCCAUCCCAAAGCGCUUGCAUCAACCAGAAGUGUGUUGAUCCUUGCCCAGGCACUUGUGCUACAAAUGCCAACUGUAGGGUUAUAAACCACUCUCCAAUCUGCAAUUGUGCAUCGGGUUAUACUGGCGACGGUUUUAAAGACUGUCGCCCUAUGCCAGUUGUUGUUGAACCGAACGUUGUUCAACCGCCGACACCUUGUGAUCCAAAUCCUUGCGGUACCAACGCUCAAUGCAAAUCGCAAAAUGGAGCUAUAAAUUGCGUGUGCCCGGCUAAUUAUGUCGGUGAUCCAUACAGCUCUUGUCGACCUGAAUGUGUUCUCAAUACGGAUUGUCCACGAGAUCAAAGCUGUUCCCGUAACCGAUGUAUCGAUCCAUGCCCGGGAACUUGCGGAAUCAACGCCGAUUGUAGAGUUGCGAAUCACAUUCCUGUUUGCAGUUGUAAAGAAGCCCAUACCGGAGAUCCUUAUGGAUCUUGUCGACCUUUACCCGCCAAACCACUUCCAACAUCACCGACUGUUGUUGAAAGACCCUGUGUACCCACACCUUGCGGUCCAAACAGUCAGUGUCGAGAGGUUGGAAAUGUCCCAGCAUGCUCAUGCCAACCAGGAUACAUGGGUGUACCACCGGAAUGUAGACCGGAAUGCGUCUCCAGCUCCGAGUGCUCACCGGCACAGGCCUGUCUCAAUUUCAAGUGCCAAGAUCCUUGCAUAGGAACCUGUGGUCGAGAUGCUGACUGUCGUGUAGUCAAUCACAAUCCAAUAUGUGUCUGUCCAUCUGGUUGGACAGGUGAUCCACUAACCGGUUGUUCUAUAAUUCCGACACCCAUACUCAACCCGGUAGUCGAAGAAGGAACUUUACGUCCCAUCCCACCCAAUCCUUGCACUCCAACGCCCUGUGGGCCCAAUUCACAAUGCCAAGUCGUUUUGGGACAAGCCCAGUGUGGUUGUAUGCCCAACAUGAUUGGCUUGACUCCCAACUGUCGACCGGAAUGCAUUCUUGGCUCCGAUUGCCCAUCGAAUAGCGCUUGCGUCAAUCAGAAAUGCGUAGAUCCUUGUCCGGGAACUUGUGGCUCAAAUUCAGAAUGCAGAGUCCUGAAUCAUUCCCCGAUUUGUAGUUGCGCUGCUGGUUACACUGGCAAUGCCUUUGAUAAUUGUCGACCCGUUCCAGCUGUCGUCGAGCCAAAUGUCGAGCAACCACAACGGCCGUGCGAGUCGCAUCCUUGCGGCACCAACGCACAGUGCAAAGAAUCACCAGGAGGCGGAAUCAAUUGUGUCUGUCCAGCCAAUUAUAUCGGCGAUCCGUACAGUUCUUGUAGACCGGAAUGCGUUCUAAGCAGUGACUGCCCUCGUGAUCGCACUUGUUCUCGCAACCGUUGCGUAGAUCCUUGUGCGGGAGCUUGCGGCACCAACAGCCAAUGUCGUGUUGCUAAUCACGUACCUGUUUGCUCCUGCGUCCAGGGUUUCUCCGGAGAUCCAUAUUCAUCGUGCCAACCUAUUCCAGCCGAGUCCCGACCGAUUGAACCUGUAGUACAAGAAAAACCGUGUAUUCCUUCUCCGUGUGGCCCCAACAGCCAAUGCCGUGGUGUCGGUAACGUUCCGGUUUGCUCUUGCAUCUCGGGCUACCUGGGUGUUCCGCCCGAAUGUCGUCCUGAGUGUGUGACGAGCUCCGAGUGCGCACCGAUGCAUGCCUGCGUCAAUUCUAAAUGCCAGAAUCCUUGUCUGGGCACUUGUGGUCUCAACUCGGAAUGUAAAAUCGUCAACCACAAUCCGGUUUGCACCUGUCCGUCCGGAUGGACUGGUGAUCCAUUCACUCAGUGUCAAAUCAUUCCCACUCCUAUUCCUUCACCUACAGUAGAAGAAGGCACUUUACGGCCCAUUCCACCAAAUCCGUGCAAUCCGCCACCUUGCGGCUCGAAUGCCCAGUGUCAAGCGGUGGGUGGUGUCGCUCAGUGCGCCUGCCUUGCUGGAAUGAUCGGUUCGGUGCCGAACUGCCGACCAGAGUGCGUCAUUAGCUCGGACUGCCCAUCCAAACAGGCCUGCGUCAACCGUAAAUGUGUCGAUCCUUGUCCGGGCACUUGCGGCGCCAACGCCGAGUGUCGUGUAGUCAACCAUGCCCCGUCGUGCUCGUGUCGCGAAGGGUUCACUGGCAACGCUUUCGCUGACUGCCGGCCAGUCCCUGCUGUCGCCGAGGUGUUCAAGCCAGAACAGCCGCGUCCGUGCGAUUCACACCCUUGCGGCCCUAAUGCCCAUUGCCGUGUAAAUCCCAACAGCGGAUCGGCCGCUUGCGUUUGUCCACCCGAUUACCGCGGAGAUCCUUACAUGUCUUGUCGGCCCGAGUGCGCCGCUAAUUCAGACUGUCCACGCCAUCGAACUUGUCUCAAUAACCGAUGCGUUGAUCCUUGUGCCGGCGUUUGCGGGCUUGAAUCGCUUUGUCGCGUUGUUAACCACCUCCCCGUAUGCGGUUGUCCACAAGGUUACAUGGGCGAUCCGUACAGCAUGUGUCGACCGAUUCCCGUGCUCAUUGCCCCUACCACGGCGCCCAGUGUAGUGGAACCUUGCAAUCCGUCACCGUGCGAGGUCAACAGCAAAUGCGAGGUGUCUCCAUCGGGAGCGCCCGUCUGCGUCUGUUUGCCCGGUUUCACCGGCACGGCUCAACUGGGCUGUCGGCCAGAAUGUCUCUCGAACUCGGAGUGUCCGGCAGGUCUCAGUUGUGUCAAUCGGCGCUGUCGAGAUCCCUGUCCAGGACUUUGUGGCAAUCGAGCUGAAUGUUUCGUAGCCAGUCACAUGCCGUUCUGCAAUUGCCCACCGGGAUUCACAGGCGAUCCGUACAGCUCCCGCGGUUGUCAGAUCAUACCUUCGGCCGUUCAGCCACCUCUAGCCGAAGUUGGCACUUUGCGACCAAUUCCACCUAAUCCUUGUAAUCCGCCUCCGUGCGGCGCCAACAGCGUAUGCCAGGUUGUGCACAAUACGGCGCAAUGCUCUUGCAUGGCCGGCAUGAUUGGUGUUUCGCCAAGCUGCCGUCCGGAGUGCGUUGUUGCCUCCGACUGUCCAGCCAGACGAGGUUGUGUCAAUCAAAAGUGCGUCGAUCCUUGUCCGGGUACAUGCGGUACCAACUCCGACUGUCGAGUGAUUGAUCAUUCGCCUGUCUGUUCCUGUCGUCCAGGAUUCACUGGCAAUGCCUACACGUCUUGUCGGCCAAUACCCGUCGUUGUUGAACCUUCCGUAGUUGAGCCGACAAAAACAGGAUGUAAUCCUUCGCCUUGCGGUGUGAAUGCCGAGUGCCGUGACAUAAGCGGUUCGCCUGAAUGUAUUUGCCCACCAAACUACAUCGGAGAUCCUUACAGCUCAUGCCGUCCUGAAUGUGUCCUAAACACUGACUGCCCACGUGAUCGCACUUGCGUCCGCAAUCGUUGCGAGAAUCCUUGCACUGACGCUUGCGGCUCAAACGCUGAAUGUCGGGUCGCCAAUCACGUUCCAGUCUGCGUCUGUCAACCGGGUUUCACUGGCAAUCCAUUUUCGUCCUGCCAACCUACUCCUGUGGUUGGAGAACCCGGCACCAUCGACCGAGAAGACAGUUGCAAUCCGAAUCCUUGCGGAACCAACGCCGAAUGUCGUCAACAAGGCGCCAGUGGAAACGUUUGCGUCUGCUUACCCGGCUUGCUUGGCGAUCCUUACGUGGCCUGUAAACCCGAGUGCGUUACCAACUCGGACUGUUCCAACAACAAGGCUUGCAUCGCCCAGAAAUGUAAAGACCCUUGCCCAGGAGCUUGCGGUUUAAAUGCUCGCUGUCAAGUGGUUGGCCACAACCCAGUUUGCUCUUGCCCCAACGGCUACACUGGUGAUCCGUUCAUCCGGUGCCAACCUCGACCAGCUGCCAUCGAAACACCGGUUGUUAAGCCCGAAUGUGAAGUCGAUCCUGACUGUCAAACCACUCAAGCUUGCGUCGAACAACGCUGUAUUGAUCCUUGUCUCCAACGGCCCGGUAUUUGCGCUCCCAACGCCGAGUGCCGAGUGGUCCAACACCGUCCGGUCUGCGUCUGCGCCGAAGGAUUCACUGGCAAUCCUCAAGUCCAGUGUUUCCAAGUUGGUUGCCGAUCCGAUUCUGACUGUCCUUCGAACGAAGCUUGCGUUAACCGCCAGUGUAAGGAUCCAUGCGUUUUCGAAACGUGCGGUACAAAUGCUCUUUGCCGUGUCAACCUUCACCGUCCCCAAUGUUUCUGCCCCGAACGUCACGAAGGCGAUCCUUACCGUGCUUGUCGCCAACCCGAAUGUCUCGUGGAUGAUGACUGUCCCAGCACUUUGGCUUGCCGUGAAAAGAACUGCCGUGACCCAUGCAACUGCCCUCCGAACACCAAGUGUACCGUAAUCAAUCACGUUCCCAGAUGCUCUUGCCCGGCUGGUUACAAGGGAGAACCUAACACGACCAAAGGAUGCUUCCUGCCAGAAGAGCCAGCUGCAGUUAAGGGUGGUUGCACUACCGACGGAGAAUGUCCCAGCAAACAUGCCUGCUUCAACGGCGAGUGCGUCAAUCCUUGCACGGUCAUCAAGCCGUGCGGAUUGAACGCUCAGUGUCUGGUCAUCGAUUCACUCCCCCUCCGAACAAUGACUUGUCAAUGUCUGCCGGGUUAUUUCGGAAAUCCCAAUGUCGAGUGCCGCAGCGUUCCAAUUGAAGACCCUGGAUGUCGCUCAGACGACAACUGCCCAGACAGUCAGAGCUGUCGCAACCGUCAAUGUGUCAGUCCAUGUGCAGUCGCCAAUCCUUGUGCCAAUAACGCCGUCUGCACCGUGACUGGACAUCAACCCAAGUGUACGUGCCCAGAAGAUUUCACCGGCAAUCCCAACAUCAACUGCUACCAGACUCUCCCACGUCCCGCCCGCUUCUGUAAGGCUGACGGGGACUGCAAUAACAUCAACUCGUGCUUAGACAGUCAAUGCCAAAAUCCGUGCUUCGUAGCCAACCCUUGCCCCCCAACCGCCGACUGCAAACCGUUUGAGCGCCAAGCCCAUUGCCACUGCCCCAACGGCACCAUAGGCAAUCCUUGGAACCGCUGUGACGCAGUUCCCAAGGCGGAUGUCGAAUGCCGAUCUGACCCCGAGUGUCCACUUGACAAGGCCUGUGAACAGCAGGUCUGUCAAGAUCCGUGCGUCAUCCGGAAUCCUUGUGGCGACAAUGCCGUUUGCCGUACCCAACAACAUCGACCCGUCUGCUUCUGUCCGGAUGGCUGGGGCGGUGAUCCACACCUUAAAUGCUUCCGACCCGAGUGCGAAGUCGAUGACGAUUGUCCUUCCGACCGAGCCUGUAUCACUGGAAAGUGUUUGAAUCCGUGUGUCUUUGGCGGCAGCCAAUGCGGUACGAACGCCUUGUGUCGCGUCACUCUCCAUCGCCCGCAAUGCUACUGUCCAGCUGGCAUGCAAGGCAAUCCGACCGUCAUUUGCAUCCCUGUCGGCUGCCAGAGUCACGACGAUUGCGCCACAGAGGAGGUUUGCGAUCGACUCAACCGCGUCUGCGUUAAAGUCUGCGAGACAAUCGCCUGCGCCCCAACGGCCACUUGUACCGGAAAAGACCAUCAAGCCAUAUGCGAUUGUCCACCAGGCCAGCGCGGAAAUCCAUUCGUUCGUUGCAUCGAAGAUGUACCUAUCGUUACGGCCAGUCCACCUCGUCCGGAAUGUCGCUCAGAUCCAGAGUGUCCCAGCAAAGAAGUCUGCAUCAGUAACAAAUGCGUCAAUCCUUGCGGCGUCAAUCCUUGCGGCGACACUGGACAGCUUUGCAGCGUUGUAGACAGCACUCCGUUACGUACCGUGGUCUGCCAAUGUCCGCCGGACAGUUUCGCCGACGAGAACAGCCGUUGCAUCUCUGCCGUGACUGGAGAAACACCUCGUCCAGUUUCCGGUUGUAGGGCCGACGACGAAUGUCCUUCGGAAGAAGCCUGCCGCAAUGGCGUUUGUGAAAGUCCUUGCGAUUGCGCUCCCGAUUCCAUCUGUCGCGUCGUCGACCGCAAACCAGUCUGCGCUUGUCGCGAAGGAUUGACUGGCGAUCCAUUAGUGGCUUGUUACAAGGUGGGUUGCACGGUGGACGAAGAAUGCCCUGGAACACACGCUUGUGUCAACGGACAGUGCAAACCCGUCUGCUCGCCGGCCACCUGCGAAAGCGGGGCCGUCUGUCAAGGAAUCAACCACAGACCCAUUUGCGAAUGUCCGCCUGGAACGAAAGGCAAUCCCAAUGCCGGCUGCAAAGCUAUUGGCUGCACCAACUUGAAGGACUGCCCCACAGAUCGAGCCUGUUUCAACGGCGUUUGUACCGAUCCUUGCUCCAUGCCGGACGCUUGCGCUGUCGAUCAAGAAUGUAAGCCUUUCAAUCACACGGCCGUCUGCGAUUGCCCGCCAGGAUUUCAGGGAUCACCUCAAACAGCUUGUACUCGCGUUGACAUCGAAUUGGGAUGCCGGGCCGAUACGGACUGUCCGUCAUUGGAAGCCUGCAUCAACCGCGAAUGCAAAGAUCCUUGCGAAGCUUUGAAACCUUGUGCUCCGUCGGCCGUCUGUGAAGUCAAACCUACAUCGCCUUACCGUACCAUGGUGUGCGUCUGCCCGCCUGGAACAACUGGCUAUGCGGCCAUCGAAUGCGUCAAAGUUGCCGUUCCCGAAGUGGAAGAAGAAUGCGAAGUCACUGAAGGUUUCAUCAAGAUGCCUAAUGGCACCUGCGUCUGCGAUCCACUUCGAAAUCUGGUUCCCGGCCCCAACGGAACCUGUAUCUGCGAUCCUGAAAAGGGCCUGAUUGCGGGUCCAUCUGGAGUCUGUGUCAGCCCAGUCCUGCUACCGGAAUGCGUCAGUAAUGACGACUGCCCAGACGACAAGUACUGUAACACCACAUGUCGCGAUCCUUGCGCUGAACGGGUCUGCUACCCCAACUCGGAGUGUCGUGCCACUGAACACCGGGCCGUUUGCGCCUGUAUUCGCGGACACGCCUAUAAGGAUGAGGAAUCUGGGUGCGUACCGGAACCACCACCAUUCCGUACCGACUUCCCCCGACCGGACAUUGUUGUCAACUGUUUAGCCGAUGGCGUUCAGGUUGACAUCCACAUCGGCACUGCAGGUUUUGAUGGCGUCCUUUACGUCAAGGGACACUCCAAAGAUGAGAACUGUCGCCGUGUUCUCGACGCCAAACGUGACGUGGGCAGCAUUGAUUACAAGGUUCGCUUUGACACUUGCGGAUUGGUACUUGAGAAUGGAGAGGCCUCGUUCAUCCUGGUCAUCCAGAAACAUCCUAAAUUGAUGACAUUCAAAGCCCAGGCUUAUCAAGUUCGCUGCGUCUACGACACGCCAGAGAAAACCGUGACGGUUGGAUUCAAUGUCUCCAUGUUGACGACGGCCGGCACCAUUUCAAACACCGGCCCGCCACCUGUGUGCACCAUGAAGAUCUGCCUGCCUUCUGGGCAGGAAGUCCGUAGUGCUGUUAUCGGAGACACGCUCAUGCUCAAAGUCGAAGUCCAACCCAUUGGUAUCUAUGGCGGUUUUGCCCGCAGCUGCUAUGCCGUGACUGACAACAACAACACCCAUUUGGUUACGGACGAGAAUGGAUGUCCCACUGAUCCUACCAUCUUCGGUGCUUGGACACAACAUCCUGAAACGCGGACACUUGUCUCCACCUUCAACGCUUUCAAAUUCCCGGCUAGCGACAAUAUCCGCUUCCAGUGCAACAUUCGUGUCUGUUUCGGCAGAUGCCAACCGGUCAACUGUGAUGGAGUAGACGCUUACGGGCGUCGUCGCCGUCGUCAAGCAGAUGUCGAAAAUCUGACACCUAGAACUACCAACUUGACUGAAGUGGAAAUUCGUGAAUCGGUUAUCGCCGGCCAAUUGCGUGAAGAGAUUAUGGUUCAAUCCAAUUCCAUCUUGGCAUUGGAUCGUGGAGGAGAAGAGAGAUUCAGCGCUCCAACAGAAGCACCCGACGUCGUCCGUCAAGAAGUUUGCGUCUCUACAAUGGGUUUCAUCAUCGCGCUCAUCAUUACGGCGCUGUUAGCACUAGUAGCUGUCGCUGUUGCAGUUUCGUGCUGGUUGAUGGCCUAUAGGAGACGACCCAAGAUCGACGGCCCACUUCCCCAUCCAGCGGAAUUCCCUAAUCCACUCUUUACGACGCCAGAACCACUGGCCGAGCCCUCACCGGAUUAUCUUUCUUAAAUCCGCACUGACGGCUUCUAGAAUUGUGUCAAUAUCCAUAGGAGAAAUGGAGUUCAAAAAGAGUUGUUUUAUCUUUUUUUAAAAAAUCAAAUUUAGCAGCUUUGCAUAAAAAAGUAAAAGGCCAUAUUAAAAAAAAAAAAAAAAAAAAUUUUGUAUUGGGUUGACGAAUGAGAAGGAGUGAUCAGUCGCCCAGUGUAACUUUGGGAGUUUAACCCACUUGUAAUGAUUUGUUGUACAGCCACUCACUCGUCUGCAUUAUAUAGUCGUUCGGGAGUGAUGACGAAUUAACGAAACUCCCACCGUUAACUGGGCGGUGAUCUUUCAAGCAAAACUUUCAACGUGACUUAUUCGUAUCUGUUUUUUUUUGGCAUUUUUCCCGUAAAAUUCCCCCGACUUCUUGAAAAAAAUUGGGUGGUGCAGGUCACGCUCGGUCAUCUCUUCCGGUGACCCUUGGUGCUUAAUUUUUUUUUAUCUUUUCGGAAGGGAUACUUUGCUGCUUUUCUCCCUCCACGUUUCUUGAUGCAACUCUCAAUGUCAGUCUAAUUAAAUACUUAACUAUUCGAAUGACUCACGCUAGAUUUAAGUCCGAUUAUUUGACUUUAUUUUAUCAUAAACUGUGCUAAUCCACUGGAUGGGACCCUUGUUGCAAUAACCUCGUCUUUGUACGUGACGCAGUAUUGUAUUUUAUUGUUUUAUUCUUCGUGGAACAUACUGCUAAAACCCAGUGCGCUUCUUUCCAAAACGUUUUAACUUGUGUUAAUGAAUUUGCCUUAUCUUCUCCAAGCGAUUUGUAUAAAACAAGACUAAGGUGAAAAUACACGUAUGUUGUUAUUAAUAA